AUGGACAAAGCGAAGGAUAAGUUUGAGCUGCCCGACAUCAUUAUCAAUCGGACUGGAAAGAAGACCUAUCGAAAGGGGAAGUUCCUCGGACGGGGAGGCUUCGCGAAAUGCUACGAGUUCAUCGACACAUCCGACAAUCGCUCCUAUGCCUGCAAGGUCAUCUCCAAGGCCCAGCUGGUCAAAGAUAAACACAAGACAAAGAUGAGUCUUGAGAUCUCAAUUCACCGAAGCGUCGAUCACAAGCACAUUGUAAAGUUUUACAACUUUUUCGAAGACGAAAACUUUAUCUACAUCAUUCUCGAGAUAUGCGGCAAGCGGUCGAUGAUGGAGAUGCACAAGCGCCGAAAGACCAUCACCGAGCCGGAGUUGCGCUACUACGUUCGCCAGAUUGCCCUCGCCUGCGUCUACCUGCACGACAACAAAAUAGUGCAUCGCGAUCUGAAGCUGGGCAAUCUCUUCCUCAAUGAUGACAUGCACAUCAAGGUGGGCGAUUUUGGACUGGCCUCGAAGCUCUGCCCCGGCGAGAGGAAGAAGACACUGUGCGGCACGCCCAACUACAUCGCACCCGAGGUGCUGCUCGAGGCCGGUCACGGCUACGAGGUGGACGUUUGGUCGCUGGGCUGCAUCGUCUACACGCUCAGCGUCGGAAAGCCGCCCUUCGAGACGGACGAGCUGAAGAGCACCUACCGUCGCAUCAAGAAGAACGACUACACCAUUCCAAUGCACAUCAACCCGCAGCUGGCGGGCUUCAUCUCCAAAAUGCUCAGAGCCGAUCCGACGAAGCGACCGACGAUGCGCGCCAUUCUCAAUGAUCCCUACCUCGCUGGAAACUACAUACCCUCGGCACUGCCUACCUCCUGUCUGAGCAUUGCACCGCGAGCCAACGAGAGCAACCGUCUUUCCAUUCUGUGCGGCGACUCGCCUCGCCGUCCCUUCUCUGAGAUGGCCAAUCACCUGAAGAAGGAGACCAUCCACGAGAUGCCCAACCACGGCCUGGAGAAGGGCCCCUCUGACUUUUACCUCUCUGAGCUGCGCGAACAGGUGAACAAGCUACUGUCCUCGAAUCGCCUCAAGCUGAAGAUGCCCAUGAGCGAGGACGAGGCGGAGCACCCGGCGGCGAUGCCCUUCUUCUGGAUCAGCAAGUGGGUCGACUACACGGACAAGUACGGCAUUGGCUACCAACUUUGUGAUAACAGCAUCGGCGUGCUCUUCAACGACAACACCAAGCUCAUCCUCAUGCCGGAUGAGAUUAACUUUCACUACGUGGAGCGCAACUCGGACGAGCAGUACUACAAAUACAACUCGUCGCCGGACCAUCUUCUGAAGAAAACCACCCUCUUCCGCUACUUUCGCAAUUACAUGAACAGUCACCUGAUGAAGAUGGGCGAGAAGCAGAAGGCGCUGCUCGACGAGAAGGAGGAGAUGGCCCGCGUGCCGCACAUUAACUGCUGGAUUCGCACCGGCAGUGCCAUUGUCUUUCACCUCACUAACGGCACCGUUCAGAUCAACUUCUUCAAGGACCACGUGAAGCUGAUCCUGUGCCCGCACAUGGCUGCCGUCACCUUUGUCAAUGAGCAGGGUGAGUUCAAGUCUUACAAGUUUAGCCUGCUGGAGGAGUAUGGCAUCAACAACGAGCUCCACCAGCGUCUCAAGUACGCCAAAGAGGUGCUCGAGCAUCUGUACAAAAAGUCGGUCAGUGCCUAA